CGCGUAUUCGCGGUGACGUUAUUGUGCCAUAUAUUACAACGAGGGUGCUAAGCAGUUUUUUUUGCUGCGAGCGUGAAAGGCGUUGGUGAGGAGUUUAGUCUGUAGUCCACACACAAGUGCAUUACAUCGGUAUACAGUAUGGCACACCCCAGAGUUUUCUUCGAGAUCACCGCAGACGGCAGGCCACUCGGCAGGAUUAUCAUGGAGCUAAGAAGUGAUGUUGUCCCAAAGACUGCAGAGAACUUCCGUGCCCUGUGCACUGGAGAGAAGAGCUUUGGCUACAAGGGCUCCACCUUCCACCGGGUCAUCCCUGGUUUCAUGUGUCAGGGUGGUGACUUCACCAACCAUAAUGGAACUGGUGGAAAGUCUAUCUAUGGCAAUAAAUUUGCUGAUGAGAACUUCACCCUGAAGCACACAGGACCAGGGAUCCUGUCCAUGGCCAAUGCUGGGCCCAACACCAAUGGGUCUCAGUUCUUCAUCUGCACAGAGAAAACUCAGUGGCUUGAUGGCAAACAUGUUGUGUUUGGAAACGUGGUGGAAGGAAUGGAGGUGGUAAGGAAGGUGGAGUCUUUCGGGGUGCAGAGUGGCAAGCCGAAGGCCAAGCUUGUCAUUGCUGACUGUGGCCAGCUCUGAAAUGGUUGUCCAUCACAUAAACCUCAACAUUCCUAACCAGGAAAGAUUCGUUAUUUCCCCUCCACCCUCUGCCUCCAGUUGGUGUCUUGUCUGAACUUGCUGCAUUUGUGGCUUUUUUUUUCUGUAAUUUGGAAGUCCAGCAGAACUUCAAAAUUUGUUUAACAGUCUGAAAUAAAGGGGAACAACCUUAAA